GCAGCAGGGGCGGUUGAGAAGUAAAGUCUUGGCCGGACUUUGCUUCUCGCCAGGAAAUCGGCGGCGGUGAGUCCCGGCAGAGCGGAGCCGGGUAGCGUCCUCGUUAGCGCGCCCGCGGGGAGCCCGCCGCUUUCCGUCAGCAGACACACACCCUGCAAGUGUUGGACCCAUGAGCCUCUGGGAACAGCCGAUUGACCAUGGGAACAACCAGUGAUGAGAUGGUGCCCGUGCAGCAGGCCUCCUCGGCCUCCUCCCUAGAUCCCCUGUGCUUCGAGUGUGGCCAGCAGCACUGGGCGAGAGAGAACCACUUGUACAACUACCAGGGGGAGGUGGACGACGACCUCGUCUGCCACAUUUGCCUCCAGCCCCUGCUUCAGCCGCUCGACACGCCCUGUGGACACACGUUCUGCCACAAGUGCCUCAGAAACUUCCUGCAGGAGAAAGACUUCUGUCCGCUGGACCGCAAGAGGCUUCAUUUCAAGUUGUGUAAGAAAUCUAGCAUCUUGGUCCAUAAGCUUCUGGACAAAUUACUGGUUCUGUGUCCAUUUUCUUCCGUGUGCCAAGAUGUAAUGCAGCGCUGUGACCUGGAGGCGCAUCUUAAAAACAGGUGUCUUGGAGCCUCUCACCGGAGAGUUGAUCUAGAGAGAAGGAAAACUAGUCAAGCUCAUACACAGAUUGAGGGUGAAACUGGAUCCACUGUAAUAGAUCCUCCAGGCCCCUCACCCCCAGAAACGGACUGCUUGGGUACUGUGCCUGGAGAGAGAAACUCGACACCUGCACCUCUUCCUGUGUGGACCGAGGAUCCCGGCCUGGACAACCCCGCCUUUGAGGAGAGCGCUGCAGCUGACUCCGUACAACAGCCACUUAGUUUACCAGAAGGAGAGAUCACCACCAUCGAGAUCCACCGCACUAACCCGUACAUCCAGUUAGGAAUCAGCAUCGUUGGCGGCAAUGAGACGCCACUGAUCAACAUCGUCAUUCAGGAAGUCUACCGGGACGGGGCCAUCGCCAGAGAUGGAAGGCUCCUUGCCGGAGACCAGAUUCUUCAGGUCAACAACUGUGAUAUCAGCAACGUGUCCCAUAACUACGCCCGGGCUGUCCUUUCCCAGCCCUGCAGCACCCUGCACCUGACAGUGCUUCGGGAGCGGCGCUUCGGCAGUCGUGCAAACAACCACGCCGACGGCAGUGCGCCACGGGACGAGGUCUUCCAAGUGCUGCUCCACAAACGUGACUCCGCAGAGCAGCUCGGCAUUAAACUGGUCCGACGGACAGAUGAGCCGGGCGUUUUCAUUCUUGACCUCCUGGAAGGGGGGUUGGCCGCACAGGACGGCAGGCUCAGCAGCAAUGACCGGGUGCUAGCCAUCAACGGACAUGACUUGAAGCAGGGGACCCCAGAGCUCGCUGCCCACAUUAUUCAGGCCAGCGGAGAGAGGGUGAACUUAACAAUUGCCAGACCAGGGAAGCCCCAGCCCAGCAAUGGCAGCCGUGAGGCCGGAGCACACAGCAGCAACCAUGCUCAGCCGCCCUCUCACAGCCGACCAAGCUCACACAAGGACCUCACCCGGUGUGUCACAUGUCAGGAGAAGCAUAUCACUGUAAAGAAGGAGCCGCAUGAGUCCCUUGGGAUGACUGUUGCUGGAGGCAGAGGGAGCAAGAGUGGUGAGCUGCCCAUCUUUGUGACCAGCGUGCCACCCCACGGCUGCCUGGCUCGAGACGGCAGGAUCAAGAGAGGUGACGUGUUGCUGAACAUCAACGGCAUUGACCUGACCAAUCUAAGUCACAGCGAGGCUGUGGCCAUGCUCAAAGCCAGCGCUGCGUCUCCGGCCGUCAUCCUCAAAGCCCUGGAAGUCCAGAUCGCUGAGGAAGCAGCCCAGGCCACCGAGGAGCAGCCAGGUGCUUUCAGUGAGAAUGAGUACGACGCCAGCUGGUCCCCGUCCUGGGUCAUGUGGCUCGGGCUGCCAAGUGCCCUUCAUAGCUGUCAUGAUAUAGUCUUACGAAGAAGCUACUUGGGAAGCUGGGGCUUCAGUAUCGUGGGCGGAUAUGAAGAGAACCACAGCAAUCAGCCUUUCUUCAUCAAAACCAUCGUCUUAGGAACCCCUGCUUACUACGACGGAAGAUUAAAGUGUGGAGACAUGAUCGUAGCUGUAAAUGGCCUGUCGACUGUGGGCAUGAGUCACUCUGCUCUGGUCCCCAUGUUGAAAGAACAGAGGAACAAGGUCACUCUGACGGUCGUCUGCUGGCCCGGCAGCCUAGUAUAGAACCUAGACACUGGUCGGUCUCCAGUCUCCAUCCCUCCUGCAGGCUCUAGAAGGAAGCCCCUCCGGUGUGGCGCUUCUGCUGGGCUGCAGCCACGGGGCCAAAGCACCGACAUCACCCUGUGUUUCCUCUUGGCCUGGAAAUCAGCUCCCGCCAGCUCCAGGGACUCAGUUCAGAUGCUCUCGGUGACUGGCAAGGCUGUCCCCCGGAUGAAAGUGGCUCCUGCGCCUGCAGAGGCUCCGUCAUGAACUGAGUUACAUUUGCAGCUCCUCUGUCAGCAGCGGCUCCCUGCAGUGUCCGCAGCGCUUCCUGCCCUGGCAACAGGGGCUGCGAAGGGGCAUCUUAGGUUUUCCUCAUUUCCCACUGGUGCCAACAUUUCAAGAUUUUUUAUACCGUUUAUAAAGUGACUUUUCGGUUUGUUUCUACUGCAAUCUUCACUACUCAAAUGAAGACACAAGUCUGACACCACUAAUGAGACUUCUUUUUAAAUAAUGUACUGUGGUUGAAAUAGAGAGUCAAGGAUAAUGCUUUUCAUGGAGCAGAGCGGCCUGGGAGGUAAAUUCUGGAAGUGGCAAAGCAGCGUUGCCUUGGACAGCCCAGAAGCACGAAGAUUCUGUUCAAAAGGACAGUUCUGUUACUUAGGGCAAGUUCCAAGAUUUUUUUCUAAAAGUCAUUUCUGGAGUUUAUAGCUAUCAGCCAUCUUGCCUGGAGAUGUUUUUGUGAUUUAUGCAAUUGAACUAGGUGAUUUAAAAAGCAUUACUUCAUAAAAAACAACACACACACACACACACACACACACGCGCGCGCGCGCGCGCGCACCACAGCUAAGUUGAAAGGGAGUCUUUGAUUCUUGUUCCUGUGUAUUUUAGAAACCCUUAGUUUCCCACAAGAGACCAAACAGCUGUUUGUUUGGGGUUUUUUUGUUUUGUUUUUAAUCUGAAAUGGUAGAUAUUAAAUGUUAGUCAUUUUAGCUGUUGCCCACUAAACUUUGUUUUUCUUUCUUUUUCUUUUUUAAUGUUUUGAAAGCUAUGUUUGUCCUUUAUUCAACACAGUCGACCCUUAGACGGCAUAAAGUGAGAGUUAAUAAGAGGGAGAGAAUCUUUACCUGGUUAAUAUUUAUACUUGAAAAGUUUCAGUUAGAAACCUCGUUCAGAAUCAGAGCUCGGAGACGAACCGCAUUGAUAAUCAUACGCCGCACUGGCGCUGGGCAAGCCCACUUCCUUAGCCAGUGUGGCUGGGCUUUGUGUCCACAUCACUGGUUGUUGCAGUUAAACUCAUAUUAAGACAGCUCUGUGUGGUAGGUGAGAGAUGGCAACGGUGGUUACUGCCGGCUUGUUCAGCCCCAGAGUCCCCACAGUCACCAUGCAGCCAGCCCACCAAGGGAGGGACGCCCCCAGCUGUAGUGCUGCUAGGGGACAAUCGCCUAUGAAGCAAUUUGAUCCUGAAGUGCAAUUGAUGUGAAACAGUGUCUCUUGUCCCCCAGAUACAAUUUUGUAACCAACCUUGCUACUUUUUUUAAAGACUUUGUAAAACCUGUCUUUUCUUUGGGGAGUGGCCAUCCAAUGGAUAUCUUAACUGCCACUUUGUUAUACAUAAAAAUAUGUCCAACCUGGUGGUCUGCUGAAUAUUUUGGGGGGAAAAAAGGGUUCCUUUCAAUAUUAAUUUUCUCAUGAAAAUCUCUGAGAGGACAGGCAAGCCAUCUCAGGGUCUCCGUAAUAGAAUUUCUCCCUGCAUCUGAUAUUUGCACCCUACUCAGUGAAGGGCUUGCAGUUGAAUAUUUUGAUUUGUUCUGAGCCCUCAGUUUACGUUGUUCCGGAAUUUUUCGGAUAUGUUUAACUAGUGUUGUGAUGGCCUUUGGGGAGGGAGGGCAAUGCUAUCCUAUGCGAAGCCAUGCAGGCGUUCAUCUGAGAGCUAUGCUCCUAUUCCCAGAGACACUGACAGCCACUGCCUGCUGUGCCCGAGCCCCGCCCACACGCCCCUGUGAUGCUCUUGCUCCUGCAGACAGAGUACACCAUAGAGCCUACGCUGUCCUAUGUGUUCCCCAUCCACAGGGCCUCUGGCCCUUUGCUGUCUAGUGUGCGGCUGUUGAAUCCUUGAAGCUCGGCCACGCGGUGUACUGAGCUGACAGUGUCUGGGAUACACUGGGUUAUACUGGGUUCCAUAGGAUGCAUUGUGACAUUUCCCUCUUACCUUUUCCAAUGUGGCUUCCUAGAACCGUUCUAGAGAAUUGAAUUGUAAUU